CGUUCGAAUGCUCCUUUCUCCGACUGCGCCAGCCGGAAACUUUGCCCAGCGAAGUCCUCCGUUCGCCUGACAGCGCAGUGACUCGCCUAGUCGGCCGCACGGCCCCCGGGGCCCAGGAACCCGGCUCGUGAUUGCUGGACCUCCCCUCACCCUGCGUCCGCGGCGCUCCGCCGCCAGGAUGCGCUACGCAGACCCCUCGGCCAACCGGGAUCUCUUGGGGAACCGAACUUUGCUGUUCAUUUUCAUCUGCGCCUUUGCGUUGGUGACCUUGUUGCAACAGAUCCUGUAUGGCAGGAACUACAUUAAGAGAGGCCUCCAGUUUGGUUGGCAGAGUGAUGAUCAGCUGGCCAAUUGGACGGGGCUCUUUAAUGUCAUCGAUGACCCAGCAGUGCAGAGCAGCAGUGAAUCCAGCUCCAGGUACUUUGAAUUUUACGAGGGGCCUUUUGAAUAUAACUCCACAAGAUGUCUGGAGCUGAGGCACGAGAUAAUGGAGGUGAAAGUGCUAUCCAUGGUGAAGCAGUCAGAGCUGUUCGACCGGUGGAAGAACCUCCAGAUGUGCAAGUGGACAAUGAACAUCUCCGAAGCCAACCAGUUCAAGUCCACUCUGUCCCGGUGCUGCAACGCUCCUGCCUUCCUCUUCACUACCCAGAAGAACACACCACUGGGAACGAAGCUCAAGUAUGAGGUGGACACCAGUGGCAUCUACCACAUCAACCAGGAGAUCUUCCGCAUGUUCCCCAAGGACAUGCCCUACUACCGCUCUCAGUUUAAGAAGUGUGCAGUGGUGGGCAAUGGAGGCAUCCUCAAGAACAGUCGCUGCGGACAGGAGAUCAAUAGUGCUGACUUCGUUUUCCGGUGCAACCUGCCCCCUAUCUCUGAAAAAUACACCAUGGAUGUGGGGGUGAAGACAGAUGUUGUCACUGUGAACCCCAGCAUCAUCACAGAGAGGUUCCACAAGCUGGAGAAGUGGCGGCGGCCGUUCUACCGCGUGCUGCAGGUGUACGAGAAUGCGUCGGUGCUGCUGCCCGCCUUCUACAACACGCGCAACACCGACGUGUCCAUCCGCGUCAAGUACGCGCUGGACGACUUCGAGUCGCCGCAGGCCGUCUACUACUUCCACCCGCAGUACCUGGUCAACGUGUCGCGCUACUGGCUCAGCCUGGGAGUGCGCGCCAAGCGCAUCAGCACCGGCCUCAUCUUGGUCACCGCGGCGCUGGAGCUCUGCGAGGAGGUGCACCUGUUUGGCUUCUGGGCCUUCCCCAUGAACCCCUCCGGCCUCUACAUCACCCACCACUACUAUGACAACGUCAAGCCCCGGCCCGGCUUCCACGCCAUGCCUUCAGAGAUCUUCAAUUUCCUUCACCUGCACAGCCGCGGCAUCCUCCGAGUACACACGGGUCCCUGCAGCUGCUGUUGAGGCUGGGGGUCUGGGCUGCCCAGACGAACCUCUUCUCCUCCUCCUCCUCCUCUCCCUCCCUCUGGAACUGGGAGCCGCUAGGUGGGGCCUGGCUGUUCCCUCAGUAGUUCAGUCCGCGCUUGGGCGCUGGGGCAGGGAGGCAGGGAUUUGGGCUUCCCAUCUCUGCCUCCACCUGUCCACGGGGAGCAUGCUGCUGGGCCAUGCCCCAGAACCAGGGAUCCUGGGGAUUGCAAGUGAAUAAAGCACAUUUCCACUCGAUUUCAGUUUCCCAGAGAGCACAAACUGCUGUGGCCUUGUAGCAGCCAAAGGCAGGAAGGAUGGUCUAGAGGGAGGAGACAGGACACUUGAGCACAGUUAAGAUUUCAUUCAGACCUCUGGUUCCUGAGUUUUAUAAUGAGGAGUGAGCCAUCAGUUUCUAUCCAGAAUCUCAGAGCAUAGAGGCCAACCCAGCGGCCAGACCUUCCAGUGAAGAGAGUGGUUCAGAGCACCCAGAGCUGGGCAGCCCCAUCACACCACCCCGCUGUGCCCAUCAGGUGCCUUGGUGACAUCUAACCAAGGCCAGUGUUAGCAUCUUCCCCAAAAUGCCAGCAGCUGAGAGCCACAUCCGUAUAAACCUUUCCUGGGAAACACAGACACAGUCUUGGUGCCUCUGGGUUUCAUCUUGUCUUUGAUCUUAUGAAGAGAAGGAAAGAAACCAGCCCAGCCAUUUACACUUUGGGUUCCAAGCCAAUAUUAUCGACUCAAUAAGUGCUUAGCAGUUUGCUUCCUCUUCUGUCUCUCUAUUUUCAGCUCCAUUUCUAACCAGAAGUUAUUUAUAAAGCACCGCUCCUCUCUAUGUUCCUGAGUACUGCAGAAUCCUGCUGUAUCAUGCUCCUGAAUGGGAACCGUCUGCCGGAAAGUGCCGCCUGUCAUAUAUGGGCUCCGAGGAUGGAAGCCAGUGGGGCCUCUGACACCAGCACCCUUGAGGCUUCUCCUGGCAAGGCGGGACCCCACAGUGCACGCCGAGCAUCAUCACACCCGGGGACUUCCGGGGCCAGGGUUUGGGAAGUCAUCUGUGCCUGUGCUGAGUAGCCACACAUCAGUCACAUAUGAAAUUCUUUUCCUUUGCUUCCCCUGCUGUGAUUCCACCCUGAGUGUGACUGUGCCCCGUAGACCCUGUUGGUGAAUUGUCUUUGAACUUAGCUUUGUGGAACUGUAGAGUGUUAGUGCUUGGAAGACUUCAGCUCUCUCUCCCUCCCCCCUCCCUCCCUUCUUUCCUUUCUUCCUCUCUCCCUUCUUCCCUCCCUCCUUUCUUUCCUCCCUCCCUUAAACAUUUCUGGAAAGUCUGCUCUUCUCUGGUGCAUGGUUGGGUUUGAAAGACAUAGUGAGAAGGACGUUAGCUCUGUCUUCUAGGGGUGGAGGCAGAUGGUACACAUCCUGCAGGUUGUGUGCUGCGCCAGCAGCUCCUGAUUGUGUUGUGGGGAGCCGGGCACCUUCCACCUUACCACCUUGUUUUACAGGCAAAGCCACAGGCCCUUCGGGGAGAGACAGAGGAGAGUACUGGGCAGCCCUCCUGGCUCCUCAGACCCCUUUCUCUGCCAGGCCUCCUUCUCUGGGCUCUGUUGCAAGUGUGUGGUGCUGAUGCUUGGGCUGUGCUGGAUGCUGAUUUUUACCAGUGUUUUGAGGUCGGAUCUGGGCUGUGAGCCCCAGGCUUCCCUGAGCCUGUCUGCUGGUCUAUAAAAAUAGGGGCAGUCAGGAGACAGAGGCCCAAACAGCUGGGAAGCUGGCAUUAACUUUACAGGACAGUGGAUGACGACGGCUUUCUUGGGCUCUGCCUACUUCUCCCAAGAAAGGAACUUCUGGGGAAGAUUCCAGUUAGCUGAGAUUUCUAGCCACUGUUCAGUUAGUUGAACCCAGUUCUUGAAACUGUGAAAUGUCAGAACUGGAAGGAUCUUAAACACCAUCUGUCCCACUUAUGGAAACAGGCUGGAUCAGGGAAGGGACCUGGUCAAGUCAUGCCCUGGACUCUACUGAGAGUGACAGACCCUCCAUCAGAGGCCCUCUGGGGACAGGUGUGGUUUGGGUGGGCAGUGUUGGGGCCAGAGCCUUUGUGAUUCAGACAUUAGGAUCUCCAUAGCUGAAGGUAUGGGGUGGAAUCUGUUCCUGCCAGGGCCCCUUUAGGAGGACUGCGAUCCAUCUCAGGUGGGAGUGGGAUACCUCACUCAUGGCCAUAAUUAUGCUUGUGGAUUUAGAGCAAGUUCCUUCUCUCUCUCAGGGCCUCCAUUUCCUCAUCUCUACAAUGAGAGGCUUAGCUCUCUAGAGUCUCUAUAGUUCUUAUUUUUAAAAAUGGUUAUGAUGUAUGGAUGAAAGCCAUAACUAUUUAUUCUCAUAAGAGCUAAGAUUGACCACACAUUCUGUGCCCAGCAUGAGCCCUUUCCUACACUGAGCCCUUUCCCUGCAUCAUCAUCCAUCCUCACAAGACCCCUCAGGUAAGGAGGCUCCAUGAUUAGGUGAGGAGGUCAAGCCCAGGGCAACUCAGGGACUUGUCCAUGGUCAGGCACCCAAGGGAAAGCACUGCACUCAGGUCUGUAGAACCCCCUAAACGUGACCUUCGAACAUCAGUCUCAGCUUCCCAGCUGGUAUUGCCAUGGCUAGAACAAGAGGGAACCCAAUAGGAUGCCUCUACAGGGUGGUACUAGGUCCUGCCCUAGAAACAGGUGCUCUGGGGAGCUGUCCUGGAUGCAGAAGGUAGCGUCUGCUCUUGGUGCCUCUCCAAGUUCUGCUCCCUGCAGCAGUACUGGCCACUUACAAGAGCCCUGGAGGGGAACUGAGGCCAACUUCACAUGAUUUGGGUGAGAAGAGAUGCCCAGAAAGGGUAUAUGGCAACAUGAGUGUGCCCAGGGCCACACGGCCAGCUAGAAGCUCAACUGGGACUCAUGCAGUUGCCAGACUUUCAGGCCACAUCCUUUCUCCUACAGCCGAUGAUUGUAGGAGAAAAUAUCUUUUGAAAGGCUCAGAGAGAUCUGGGCAUUGAUUCUGGAAGUCCUCUGCCAUGUUACUCUGCACUGACAGUCCUGUCAUUGUCUCUCUGUGAGGUAUGGACUGCCAGUUACAUUUUUAUUCAGAAGAAAUCAAUUCCCCAUGAACCAAACAGCUCUCAUGUCUUUCUUUGUGCUAACCCCACUGCUCCAGGCUUGAAAAGCAGCAAAACACUAUGGAUGAUUCAAUGCUUAACCAAACAGGAAAGAAUGUGACUCAAGGUCAGACAGACCUCUGGGACCAGUUCAGCAAUGCUGUGAUGGCAACUCUGUCACUAAUCACCCGAUGCUGCAGAUAACUGGAUCCUGGCCUUGGACUUUGCUGAGUAUGAGGAGGAGCCAGGGGCAGUACUUUCUGACAACAAAGGGAGAGCAGAGUGCUGGCUCCCACCAGUCAUUUGCCAAGUGUCUGCUGAGUGCUCAUUUUGUGCCACACAUUGUGCUAGGGGCCAGGGAACAAGUGGUGAUCUAUUCCCAGCCCUCCAGGGUCUUAGUCUGGUGUGUGUGGGUGUGACUGGUAAAUGAAGCAUCCCACAAACACACAUUGGAGCACUCAGUGCAGAGUGCUGUGAAGUCCCUGACUGGCGACAGUUACCUGGGAGGCGAGGAAGGGGAGGCAGAGUCAGUUCUGAAUCCUAAAUUGGCAGAGUAAAGAUUGUCGGCCAAGGCAGGGGUGAAUUCUCAGGUCUCACUCUUGACAGCUGUGCAGCAUCAGACAGUGGUGGCCUCUCCGGUCUUUUUGAAGUUGUCUCUCCUGUGUGCACCAAUCUAUUCUUUCCCUGCCUCUCUGAACGCUUCUCCUCGGGCUCCCUUGUGACUCUUCUAUGAAGCUUCCUCAGGGUUCUCUUCUCUUGCUGAGAGCCUCCUGCAGAAAAUGCCCAUUUGCUCACUGCUCCCAGCAUCCCCUGCCCUGUCAUCUUAGCCCCCUUCCCCUGCAGGCCAGGCCCCAGGAGCAUCUGGGGUGUGACCACUGGUACCUCGUGAGCUUCUGCUCCAAAGCUCAAACCUCAACCUACCCUCAACUGUUGCAGUUAAAAGAAAAACCUGGAUUCGGCACUUCCUCCCAUUGCUUAGCAGCUGUGCGACCUUGGGAAGCUCCCAAAGCCCCUGGAGGCUCUGAUUCAUUAUCUCAGAAAUGAGGACAAGACUCCAGCUGCAUCAGCUAUUGUGAAGGUUGAAUGAAAUAGUGUUGCAAAGCUGGGCAUGGUGGUUUAAACCUCUCACGGCAGCACUCUGGGAGGCUGACACAGGAGGAGU